UUGGAAAACAAAUAUAUACUGAUAAAAAUAAAAUACUAGUAGUAGUCAAUAAUACUAGAAUCGAGUUUAAAUAAUUUCAUAAUUAUGUAGACUUAUACGUAUUGUCGCACGAAAAAUGCAAACAUUUCACAUUUGAAAACACUCAGAAAGCGCGCCACGGUCUGAGCUCACAGCAGCAACCAGAAGCCUACGAUGAAAUUUGUGUCCAUUUCAUCCGGCGUCGCGUUACAACGACGCGCCGCCACGGCAGUUUCAAACUAUAUCCUCAGCUGCGGGUGGCGCAGCCUAUCCUCGUCCGCCGCCCCAAAGAGAGUCGGCACCCAUGACGGCAAAUUCCACUGCGAUGAAGCGCUUGGCUGCUUCAUGAUCCGUCGCACCACUAAAUUCUACAACGCCGACAUCGUGCGCUCUCGCGAUCCCAUGGUUUUGGAUAAGCUCGACGCCGUGCUGGAUGUUGGAGGCGUUUACGAUCCGAGCAGAGACAGAUACGAUCACCAUCAGAAAGGUUUUGAGGAGGUUUUUGGUUUCGGGUAUUUGACUAAGCUCAGCAGUGCUGGCCUUGUCUAUAAGCAUUACGGCAAAGAAAUAAUUGCGAAGGAGGUUCAGUUGGACUCAGAUCAUCCUGAUGUGCAUCGCUUAUUUUUUACAGUGUACAAGAACUUUAUAGAGGCUGUUGAUGCUGUAGACAAUGGAAUCAGUCAAUACAACACCACUCAGCUUCCAAGGUUUGUAAAUAAUACAAGCUUGUCGUCAAGAGUGGAAAGACUUAAUCUUGACUGGAUAAAUCAGAACCAAUCCCCUGCAGAAGAGGAUGCAUCUUUUCAACAAGCAAUGGAAGUAGCUGGCAAAGAGUUUCUAGAGUGCAUCAAUUUUCAUGCUAAAUCAUGGUUGCCAGCUCGAUCGGUUGUCAUGAAUAGUCUCUUGGCGAGGAAAAGUAUAGAUUCAAGUGGUGAAAUUAUUGUGCUAACCAAUUCAGUACCUUGGAAGCUUCACAUUUUUGAACUUGAGAAGGAACUGAAGAUCACUCCUAGCAUCAAAUAUGUUAUCUAUGCGGAUGACAGGAGUGAAAAGUGGCGCCUGCAAGCUGUUGCAGUUGGACCUGAUAAAUUUGAUAGUCGCAAACCUCUCCCACCUUCUUGGAGGGGCUUGAAUGAUGAUGACCUUUCCCAAGUUUCAGGAAUUAGUGGCUGCACCUUUGUGCAUAUAAGUGGAUUUAUUGGUGGAAAUAAAUCUUAUGAUGGUGCUCUUGCAAUGGCAAGAACAUCUUUGAUGCUAGCAUGAUAGAGAAUACAACUCAACUUAGGAACUUGUUUUGGAAGAAUUGUCACAUUGGUUUAAUUGGGAUGUAGUGCGAAAGUUAUUUCCCCUCCCAACUGCACUCGGGCACUUUAUAUGUAGGCUGUAAGAAAAAUUUCUCCCAAUUUUCUGCUGAUUUUCUUCCAUUAGCUAAUAUAGUGUAUAUCACUAUCAAGCUCUUUCAAAAUAUAUUUUGCUAUGUUGGGGUUUAGAAAUGGGACAUGAAGAGGAUUAAUAAUAGAUGGUUCUUCGUGAGAGGCAAGUCUGAAUAAUUUUAAUCUUAAGUUCAACGUGUUCUCAGGUUUGCUUCUUGUAAAGUGACCUUAUUAUCGACCAAGCAUCGAGUCUAUCCAAAUACAAGUGUGAGCUUGACAUAUGACUCACUUCUAUUUUA